AUGGCAAAGCAGUCUGGUUCCACCCCGGUGACAGCAUCCGACGAUCGGCCGGGGCAGUCAGCAGAGAUGGAGGGAGCUCCGCCGACUCAGAUUGUUCUGGACACGGUGAGUAAGAUCCUGCGGACGCUGCGGCGGGGCAUGCAGCGGCUGUACGGCACGGACCUGGCUCCGGCCAUCGGCAGGGGGAUGGACCGGGUGGGGUUCAAGGCGGCGUUCCUCACGGCCGUGCCGCCCGCCCUGUGCGCGCGGUCAUACUACAUGGCGGACGGGCAGGACGCGUGGACAAUCGACAAGUCUGUGGACCAAGUGGAGACUACAGAUGUAGUGAUCUACCCCGCAUCUAAUGACGGUCCGUGGGGAUGUAGUGCGGACCUGGAUGCAGAGCCAGAUGUUCCGGUUAGGAUGCUUCAAAACGAGGAUGACAUCCCUGACAGUGUGUCAUGGGUGGCAGUUAUCCACCUGGAGUACGUGGCCGUGAGCGUGGCGCAGUUAGGAGCGCUCCCUACCGGCGGCGUGCUGAGCCACAACGGCGGCAGCUGGAUACCCAGCUACACGGACAGGGUGUUUCUGCAGCGGUGUGCGAAGACCAUUGCAGGUAUGUCCGCGGACGAGCUCCUCGGCGUCCGGUUCCACGACAAGUUCCGCGGGACCAUCACGGUGUCGGAGAAGGCGACGGAGGCGCUGGAACACGCCAUCGGGAAGGCGCGCAAGCUCGUCCGCCGGAUGCGGGCCACCACCUCGGUCUACGUCUUCGGAAUCGUCGGGCUCGGACCGACCGUGGCGAAACCAACAUGGAGACUGAUGUGA